AUAACAAUGUUAAUGAAUUUUUAUGAUCAAGCUAUAGCAAAUGUUUAUUAAGUAUUUCCUGUUUUAAGUGGUAUUCACAAUGCUUAUGAUAGUAAUUGUAUAGUUCAUAAAUUAAAUAUCUUAAGCAAUGGAUUUCUAGUGGAAAUGGAAAACCUAGUUUCGUUUUCCUGUGACUGUUUUAUGUUAAAAAAUAACUCAUUAUUUGAAACGCAUUAAGCUAAGUUAGCAAAGUAAGAGAGAUAAAUAAAUGUUUAAAUCGACAACGAGCUCGAGAUCUUGUUUGCUUUUUGUUCGUUUUUAUUUUUAGUUUGGGGAUUAAGUAGGGAAAAUGAGAGAAACAAUUUAAGGGGAAACAUUUUUUUGGGGGGUUAAAUAGAAAAAAGGAGUGAAAUAUUUAUUGGGAAAGCAAUAAAAUAAGUGAAGUAAAACCAUUAAUUAACAACUUUAUGUGAACUGCAAUGUUAUGGAUGUUGAAGUUAUGAGAAAUUGUACAAACAACGUCGGCUUGAGGCAACGUUCAAUGGCGGUCAACACAGUUGUCAAUUUUAUCUUUAUUACUGUAUCAAUGAUGUGUUUAACAAAUAUGGUAGACUGUUACUACAUUCAAAGCAACAUAUCCAAACAUGAUCUAUUAGAAGCACUACUCAAUCAUAGUCGUUACGACCCAAGUAUUCCACCAGAGUACAUUACAGAAGAAGGAGCAACCACUAAAGUGAAAAUUCAGCUGACGAUCCAUGAUAUUAUUUCUGAGAAUGAGAAGAAUAUGGUAAGAAGUUUGAAGCAUUUUAUUGGCAUAGCUACUAUUAGGUCAUCUAUGCCCGGGCCUACAACUUGGUCAAUAAAUUGAAAUUUUCAAAAGUUCCAAAUAUACAAUAAAAACAGGCGGGGUUGGGAUGGUAUUGGGUUCAAGCCGUAUGGUCAAAUCAAGUGUGUGUUAAGCUUAUGCAUGUUUAACCACCCUCAAUAAAGUUUACAUCUAAUCAAAAUCGUAGUUUAGAUUGUUGUUUUGAUACUUUUCCUUGGAAAU